CUCAUGGUAGAAGACACGUAUUCAUCAAGGCAACUCAACGCGGUGUUGCGAGUUAUCUAGGCAUAACGAUUGCACUUGAACUUGACUGCCGAUUUUGUGACGAAACGGUCCAACGCGAAUGAGAACGCGCACAGAUUCACAAGCCAAUAUAUGCGCAAUCACGGCAAUUGAGGUGGACAAACAGCCGCUGUGCGUGUCGGCGGGCUGGCCAGGUGCCCACAGCCAGUCCACACGGGCGUGGGCAUCCCAGGCGCGUCGGCUGCGGGCGGAUGUGCCGUCCACACCCCCGACCGCACCACCGCCUCUCGCAGCAGCAGUAGCUGCACCAGCAGGUUGUAGCAGCGGCAGCACCAGCGGCACCCCAGCUACAGCCAGCUUCCCACCACACCGUGAAUGGGUGGUGUGGACGUACCUGCCAGGCCCAGAUACCGCCCACACACACCCAACACCACCGGGCCGGGCGCGUGUGAGCGGGCGGGCGGGCGGCCGUGCAUGGGCGGCGCCGGUGACCCCACCGGCCCCGCCGGCGCCAGCCCACGGCCUGCUCAUGACAGCUGGUGGCCUCGGCUUGGGCAGCAGCAGCUACGCCAGUGGGGGCUGCGAAUAUGGCGGCAGUGGCAGUGGCAGCAGCUACGGCUCCUGCUACAGCCGGUGCAGUAGCGGGCCCGGGGCAGGCAUGGGCGGCGGCCGGUUGCUGCUGCUCGCCAGCAUGACCACCUCGGCGGCCGCAUCCUCCUCGUCUCGGCCCUCAUCGUCGGCAGUAGCAGCGCCGGCGGGUGCGGCGCCGGCGCCGGCGCCGGCUGUAGCAGGGACGCCGCCGUCGGGCGGCGCGGCAGCGGCGGGCGCGGGCCUGGGUCUCGGCUCCGGAGCAGCGGGUCUGUUCCGGGGGUUCAACAUGCCCCAGAUCAGCCUCAUGCCGGCCGGCCGGCUGCCGGGCGCCUCCCCCCACACCGGCGGCGCCGCCGGCUCCUCCUUCGCCGCGGACCAGGAGCUGGCGGCCGAGCUGUACGACUACCACCUGGCCAAACACGGGGGCAUGCCGCGGCCCUGCCCCCGCUGCCACUCCAAUGUGUUCUUCGAGCGCGAGCCGCCGCCAGCCUCCUCGUCUUCCGCAGCCUCCGCGGCGUCUGCGCCGACCGCGUCUGCAGCCGGUGGCGCCAGCUCCACUCCUUUGGGCGGCGGCGGCGGUGGCGAGGUGGUGGCGUGGCGCAGUCGGCCGCUGUGCUGCGACAUGUGCGGCGCCUGGGUGCACAUGGGGUGCGCACGAGUCAACCUGCUGGAGCAGGUCCCUCCGCGGCCCUGGUUCCACUCCCACGUGUGCAGGAACAAUUACAUCCGACUGGAGGCGGCGGCGGAGCAAAACCCGCACGCCUCCUCCGACUCCCCCUCCUCCCAGCUGUACAUCCUCACGCCCGCCGACCACGCCGCCUAUGCAGCCAUGGCGGCCCGCGCGGCCGGCGGCGGCAGUAGCAGCGGCACUAGCAGCGGCAGCAGCAGUGGCGGCGGCGGCGGGAUGACCGGCCGGCCGCGCGGUCCUGCGGGCUCGGUGAUACCGCUGCUGGCUCAAGGCUUCAACCGGGAUGCCAUCGAGGGCUUUGGCGAGCCCGCCCGCGAGUACGACGGCGGGCGCUACAGCGCCGUGCUGGUGGCUGGGCGGCAGCCGGUGGCGGCGGCCUCCUUCAACGUGUGGGGGCGCGAGGCGCAGCUGUGCAUGCUGGCCACCGCCACGGCGGCACGGCGCAAGGGGCACGGCGCCGCGCUGGUUGCAGACGUGGAGGGCCUGCUGAAGCGGCUGGGGGUACAGCGCAUGUUGGUGCAGGCGCGCCGCGUGGCGCUACCCAUGUGGCUGGGCCCGCGGUUCGGCUACUCGCUUGUGGCGCCCGAGGCGGCGGAGGAGCUGCACGCCCAGAUGCCCGUGGCCUACUUCGACUGCGCCCUACUGGAGAAAUGGCUGUAGCAGGAGUGUGGCAGGGCUGUAGCAGACCCGGCUGGUGCAGCAGCAGCAGCAGGGUAUCAGUAUGGCUCGCAGGCCCCCAGGGGGUGGGGUGCUGCGGGGUGCGACGUGUGGUGGGGGCGCGACAUGACGUGGCGGGUGACGUGGCAGGGGUGGUGGCACAGUGCGGCGGUGGCUUUAGUGGUGGCGGCGGCUUGUGCCAGUGGAAGUGGCUGUAGCCGUUGGGUGUGCAGCGGGCAGCGGGCAGCAGGGGUGCAUGGCCUGGUAUGACGGAGGCGGCAGUAAUGCAGUUGUGUCGCAGACGGUCAUGACUCAUGAGUUCAUGGCUUGCCGGCUCGCAUGGCCCCGGUCGGACUGUGGUCAGUCAGGCAAGGCGCGGGGAUGCUGUAAUACUCCAAUGCC